UUUCAUAACACGUGCGGACGACCGACUAUUUUGACGUUUCUUUAAUAACAACUGAAUUUUAUAUGGAAUUUCUGGUGUAAAUUGUUAAAACAAAAAAUCUGAGCCAUGAAAGUGUACCCAACGUUGACAAAUAGUCGGCCUGACUUCAAAAAAAUUCCAGAUAAGCUGAACGAGCAUUUGGAAAAUUUGGGAGCUCCACAUUUGGAUUCUUUCAAUGAAAUGCUCACAAUUGGUUUGAACAAUUGCGCAAAAUACAUGACGCCUGUUAGCUUUAAAACGCCAGCUGGUGAACAAAUAGAGCUGCGCGUGGAAAGUAUACAAAUUGCUCGUCCACAAGUUCCAAUGGCGGUAAUAGAUGUAAAGACUCGCUUGAUAUAUCCUACUGAGUCACGACAAUCACAUACCUCAUACAUGGGUAUGUGCACAGUGCGGGUAGGUUGGACGGUGGAUGGUUUGGAGAAAGCUCCAAUAAAUGUGGAUCUGGGUGAAGUGCCGAUUAUGCUGAAAUCCAAUGCAUGCAACCUUGGUGCACUAACACCAGAAGAAAUGGUUAAACAUGGAGAACACGAUACCGAAUGGGGUGGAAUUUUUGUCAUAAAAGGAAAUGAACGAAUCAUACGUAUGUUGCUGAUGAGCAGACGCAACUACCCGAUUGCAGUUAAACGUUCCACGUGGAAAGAUCGAGGAGCAAACUUUAGUGAAAUUGGCGUAAUGGUGCGCACAGUACGCGAAGAUGAAACUUCAUUUAAUAAUGUACUACAUUUUCUUAAUAAUGGCACUGCAAAGUUGAUGUUCUCUCAAAUGAAAAGGUUGUCUUAUGUGCCCAUAUGUCUCAUACUGAGAUGCUUGGUUGAUUAUAGCGAUGAGCAGAUAUACCGUAAUUUGGUACGUGGUUAUGAAAAGGACCAGUAUUAUGUUUCAUGUGUACAAACAAUGCUUAGAGAUGUGCAUGGCGAGGGGUUGCACACCCAUAACGAUUGCAAGGCAUAUUUGGGAAAGAUUUUUAAAUCGAGAUUUCCAGAGGUUCCUGAGUGGAAAACCGAUAUGGAUGUUACGGACUUCAUUCUGAAUGAAAGAAUACUUAUUCACUUGAAUACACAUAAAGAAAAGUUUGAUUUGUUGGUAUUUAUGGUCCAAAAACUGUUUCAAUGUGCACAGGGAAAUUAUAAAAUUGAAAAUGUUGAUGCAGUAAUGAUGCAAGAAGUUCUACUAGCAGGCCACUUAUAUCAAAAAUUUUUGGCUGAUCGUGUCGAUCUGUGGCUGCAGUAUGCUAAAAAAUAUGUUAUGAAACGUCUAGAGGCACCGGACGCAUUAAUAACACCACCUUUACUUACAACUUGUUUACGUAAUGGAGGCGGCGUCUCGCACGCCAUGGAAUCUUUUCUUGCCACGGGCAACGCACCUUCGCGUUCUGGUUUGGGGCUUAUGCAGAACACUGGCCUUGUCGUGAUGGCUGAAAAUAUCAAUCGCAUUCGUUAUAUGUCUCACUUUCGUGCAGUACAUCGUGGCUCAUACUUUCUCACUAUGCGCACAACAGAAGCACGUCAAUUGCUGCCCGAUGCUUGGGGCUACAUUUGUCCUGUUCAUACACCUGAUGGUGCGCCUUGUGGUCUGCUCAAUCACUUGACUAUGUCGUGUCGCAUAUCGCGCAUUCCGAAGAAGGAGCUAGUUGAGGCUAUACCAAAGUAUUUGAUAGAAAUGGGUAUGAUACCAUUAGAGUCAGAAAUGUAUGAUGCGAAUGCAAAAUUAUUUGUUGUCUUGUUGGAAGGCAAACUAUUGGGCCAUAUACGUCAAGUAGACGCAGAGAAAAUAGUAAAUAGGUUACGUUCUUUAAAAAUUGAAGGAUAUUUGCCCGAAAUGAUGGAAAUCGCAUAUAUACCUCAUAAAGCGAAAGGUCAAUUUCCAGGAUUGUUUCUCUUUGUUGGACCCACGCGCCUUAUGCGUCCAGUACGAAACUUGGCGCUUGGAAAAAUCGAAUACAUUGGUUCUCUAGAACAAGUAUACAUGGAUAUUGCAAUCGAUUUGAAGGAAUUCUAUCCCGGUUUUACCACACAUAUGGAAUUGUCGAAAACGGAGUUUAUGAGCAAUUUGGCGAAUUUAAUUCCUAUGCCAGACUACAAUCAAUCACCAAGAAACAUGUACCAGUGUCAGAUGGGUAAACAAACUAUGGGUACGCCGUGCCUUAACUGGCCUAAGCAAGCUAGUAAUAAAUUAUACCGCUUACAAACCCCCACAACACCGCUCUUUCGACCGGUACACCAUGAUAAUAUAAGGCUUGAUGACUUUGCGAUGGGAACUAACGCUAUUGUCGCUGUGAUAUCAUACACAGGCUACGAUAUGGAGGAUGCCAUGAUUAUAAACAAGUCUGCCCAUGAGCGCGGUUUUGCUUAUGGCAGCAUAUACAAAUCAAAAUUUAUCGAACUAGAAGGUAAUAGUUACUUUGCGCGCAGUCCUCAUUUGCCUGAACUUAGCAAAAUAUUGGACAAUGACGGUUUGCCACACGCUGGCACAAAACUGUACCAAGGCUGUCCUCUCUAUUGCUACUUUGAUAUGGACUCAUCGAAUUAUAAAGUUGUAAAACUAGAUGAAAAAGAAGAUUGUGUUGUGGAUAGUGUACGCUAUUGUGGUAGCUUUAAGGCGAACGCACGCCGUUUGGUAUGUGUGACGGUACGAAUACCCCGCCCACCGACAAUUGGUGACAAAUUUGCAUCCCGUGCUGGCCAGAAAGGCAUCUGCUCACAACGUUAUCCGGCCGAAGAUUUGCCCUUCAGUGAAACGGGGCUCAUACCAGAUAUUGUUUUCAACCCACACGGUUUCCCAUCACGUAUGACAAUCGCUAUGAUGAUUGAAACAAUGGCAGGCAAAAGUGCUGCCUUGCACGGACUCGUGCACGAUGCAACACCGUUCCGCUUUUCAGAGAAACAUACGGCAAUCGAUUACUUUGGCCGCUUACUGGAAGCGGGUGGUUACAAUUACUAUGGCACGGAACGUCUGUACUCGGGCGUGGAUGGUCGUGAAAUGACAGCAGACAUUUUCUUUGGCGUAGUACAUUAUCAGCGACUACGUCACAUGGUUUUCGAUAAGUGGCAAGUGCGAUCAACGGGUCCAGUCGAUGCCAUAACACAGCAACCCAUAAAGGGUCGCAAGCGUGGCGGUGGUGUACGUUUCGGAGAGAUGGAGCGUGAUGCUUUGAUUUCACAUGGAGCCGCCUUUCUUCUGCAAGAUCGUCUUUUCCACAACUCUGACAAGACGCAUACAUUAGUGUGCAGCAAGUGUGGUAGUAUAUUGGCACCAAUGCAGAAGAUCAUCAAACGUACAGAGACUGGUAAAUUGCAAUCGAUGCCAGACACUUGUCGUUUGUGUGGUGAUGGUUCUGCUGUAGGUCAUAUUGAAAUUCCGUUCUCGUUUAAAUAUUUGGUAACCGAGCUGAGCUCAGUAAACAUUAAUGCGAGAUUUAAGUUAAUGACUAUCUAAGUAGCAGUGUGUUUGUAUACAGAUGUGUAGGCCUAAAAAGUGUUGAAAUAAAAAUAUUUGUUCAUAACUCAAA